AUGUUGGAAGAAGAGGAGGAUGACUUUCAGGCCGAGGAGGAGAACAAGCUCAUUAACGAGGAAUACAAGACAUGGAAAAAGAACGCGCCGUUCCUGUACGAUGUCGUGAUCACUCACGCGCUGGACUGGCCCAGCCUGACGUGUCAGUGGUUCCCUGACAAGGAGUCACCACCGAAUAAGCCUUACACUGUCCAUCGUCUCCUGCUCGGCACGCACACGUCUGGCCAAGCCCAGGAUUACCUCCAAAUCGCUGAACUACACCUUCCAAAACGUGAUGGCAGCCCUUCCGCCGAUAAGCUCGACCGGUCAGACUAUGACGACGAGCGUGGCGAGCUCGGUGGCCAUUCUAUCCCGCCACAGCCACGCAUUAACAUCAUCCAGAAAAUCAACCACAAGGGGGAGGUCAACAGGGCGCGUUAUAUGCCCCAGAAUCCCGAUCUCAUCGCGACAAAGGCUGUGUCGGGCGAGAUCUAUGUGUUCGACCGUACGAAGCACCCUAGCGAGCCGGAGCGCGGCGGUCAGUGCAGGCCCGAUAUCACCUUGGUUGGACAGCGCAAAGAAGGAUAUGGCCUUGCCUGGAGCCCGGUGAAGAAGGGCCAUAUUCUCGGUGCCUCGGAGGACAUGACUAUUUGUCACUGGGACAUUAAUUCCUACACCAAAGCGAAAACACAAAUUGAGCCGACAACCGUCUUCCGUGGUCACACGUCCGUGGUUGGGGAUGUCGACUGGCAUGCAACACGAGACUGGAACUUUGCCAGUGUUGGAGACGACAAGAUGCUCAUGGUUUGGGAUACGAGGGCAUCCUCGGCACCAGUUUUUCAAUUGCAGGCCCAUGACCGGGAGAUCUUGGCGGUGGCGUACAGCCCUUCGAUCGAGCACUUGCUUUUGACUGGCAGUGCAGACAACACUAUUGCCCUGCACGAUAUGCGCAAUACUCACAACAAGCUACACACCUUCGACGGUCACACAGACGAAGUUUUGCACUUGACUUGGUCCCCUCACAACCCGAGCAUUUUCGCCUCAGCUUCGAGCGACAGGAGGAUUAACACAUGGGACCUGUCAAGAAUUGGUUUCGAACAGACGCCUGACGAUCAGGAAGACGGUCCUCCGGAGCUUAUAUUCGUCCACGGUGGCCACACGGCUAGGCCCACGGAUUUCUGCUGGGCACCCGGCGAAGGCGAGAACUGGACGGCUUCGAGCACUUCAGAAGACAACAUUGUUAUGGUGUGGCAGCCGACGAUGCGUAUCUGGGCGGGAGAGGAGGUCAAGGUUGACGAGAAGGAGCUUGAAGACGAGUCAGCGAUGCAGGGUGUCGAGAGCACGGAGUCCGGUACGGCAGGAGGCAGUGGAGACAAAGCAUGA